AUGACAUCGCACAUCAUCGACCCCACUGGCGAAGUGACCAUAAUCCUUCAGGACGCCGACGCCCCCUUCGCUGUCUGGGAUGAGGAGACCCCGGCUACAAACGAAUCACCCUCAUCAGGAACAAUUGAACCCAUAGAGGAGAUCCACAAUGACAAAACUGACGAAACCAAAUGCGAGGACAAGGAAGUCCGAUACCAGGUGUCUGCCAAGCAUCUGACUCUGGCGUCACCUGUCUUCAAGGCAGCUUUGUCGGAUGCCUGGAAAGAGGGCUCUACCCUCCCCCAGGGUUCUGCUGAGAUCGAAGUCCACGGCUGGGACUCGCAGGCACUUCUGGUCAUGCUCAGCAUUCUGCAUUGGCAGAUCGAUGCUCUUCCCGGGAAGGUUGGAAUUGAGUUCCUUACGAAAAUUGUCAUCUUGGCCGAUUACUAUGGCUGUCUCAGUGUGAUAAAGGUCUUUGGCUGGGGCUGGUUCAAGCUCAUGCAGAGUUCCAUUCCAAACGAAUACUCCCGCGAUCUCAUGAUGUGGCUCUGUGCAUCUGGGCUCCUUGGUGAGCGUGAGGUGUAUGAAAGACUUGCCGUGAUUGCGAUCAAGGGAAGCAAGGACAUUAUCAUGACACUUGGUCUGCCCUUUCCCAGUUCGAUGAUAGAGCAUCUCAAUACAAACAGAGAACGGGUUAUCCAGGGUAUCGUCGAUUCUCUACAUUCAGCUGUUGAUAGUUUGGCUCGGUUUAACAGCAACAAUGCCGCACCGUCUACUCCGUCGGAUUCCUGUACCGCCUGCAAUGCCAUAAAGCUAGGCACUCUUAUGAUGGCAAUGCGAUCUCUGUCGUUGUGGCCGAAGCCCCAGCCGCCAUUCUGUGGGCUCAGCUUUGGAGGGAUCAGAGCGUCAAUCAAGUCGACUCGGGAGAAAGAAUUCAAAUUGCAAAAUCACGGUAGAUGUCGGAGUUUGGCAACUAUGCUUACUUAUUUGGAUACUUCCUCAUGGUCACGGAUGAACCAGUCGAUUAAAGCUGACUAA